CUGCUCUGACUUCUGAGUACAAAGAACGUCAACGACAAUCUGAGUCAGUGUUGUUGCAAUUGUUCCGUUAAAAGGCAAAUUCAUUCAAAUUAGUCCAAAUUACCAACAACUUUAAAAUACUGAUAUUUACUGAGCUGGAAUGAAUUGGGUUGUGAGUGAGUUUACAAAUGCAAAUGAGACAUGGGAAAUGUGAACACUGUUGUUAAAUCCACUCUGCGGUCGAGGAUAAAACAAGGCAGUCCAACAAACAAAAAUAAAGUAAUGACCGCUGUAGUUUAUGUAUAACUGAUUCAUGAUCUAAACAAAUGUGUAAGUGGUUCUGCCGACGAGUUAAACAGGAUAUUAUCCCAUGUUCUUCGCGUCAGGUGUGUCGCUUAUGUGGAUCAAGUGAGACUCUGUCAUUAGACGAUCUUUGCGAGCCUCCAGCAGCUAUACGUUGGCUGUUGCCAUAUGGAGGAUCCCGUACGCUGAUACCUGGACCGCUUUCAUCCCAAGAACCAGCGGGGUUUAAACAAGACUGACUGCAUUUGAACGACUUAGCACCGAUAGACCUACGAACAGGAAGCGCGGAAGGAGCCGAAGCACCGCUUAUCGGGCGGUUAUCGCUGUUCACCAGCCCGCUAACAGCGCAACAUCAGCGUCAGCAGUCGUAGUAACAAACUGACAGGUAUGUCUUCGUCCGCCGCGCGCGACACUGUUGUCAAAAAGAAGCACGUUCGUUUCGCCAGCAUGGAGGACGACGAUGACGAUAACGACGACCAGGAGGAGGACACCCUGUUUGACAAGAGGAAGGACACCGCGAGGGGGCUGAAGAGCGUGCUGAAGGCGGUCAAGAGGUCCACGAAGCCGGGAUGCGACGACCGGGUGGAUGUGGUCGGCGGAGGAAGGGGCGGACAUGGAGCGUGCGCUCGCUGGAUGGUCACCCUCGCGCUCUGUGCAUCUUUCCUGGGCUUGGGGAUGAGUAUCUCUGUUCUUGGCCCCACAUUCGAGGACCUGGCUGUGAAUGUGAAGAAGAACAUCAGCAAUAUUUCCUACAUCUUCGUCGGCCGCUCCGCGGGCUACAUCGGCGGUUCCCUCUUCGGGGGGAUUCUCUUCGACUGCUUGAACCCCCACCUCCUGCUGGGUUUCUCUAUGCUGGUCACAUCCGUUGGAAUGUGUGCUAUCCCCUUCUGUAAGCAAGCUCUGCUCCUCACUGGGCUCAUGUCCAGCAUUGGGAUGUCGAUGGGUAUUCUGGAUACAGGUGGUAAUGUCCUCAUACUGAACACAUGGGGCGACCAGGCGGGUCCUCACAUGCAGGCUCUGCACUUCAGCUUCGCAGCCGGGGCCUUCGUGUCUCCGAUCAUAGCCAAGCUGCUGUUUGGGCCCGACGGCGACGGCAGCACAGGAAUCGCACCAACCAACUCCACACCUCCCGUCACCACAGAGCAAAUCACCAGUGUCCCCGACGCUCACGUGAUCACCCACUACGUCCACAGCACCCUCAAGUCCAUGUGGGCCUACGUUGUGAUCGGCUCCUACAUCUUUCUCAUCUCCUUCCUCUUCUUCAUCCUCUACUGUCGCUGCGGCGCGUCACGCGACAAAGCCAAGGCCUCGUCAGGAAAGCCCCUGGUGGCCAAACAUCACAUUGCCCUUAUCGCCCUGCUCUGCUGCUUCUUCUUCUUCUACGUAGGCGCUGAGGUGGCGUACGGCUCGUUCAUCUUCACCUUCGCCAAGGACUACGCCCACAUGCCUCAGUCCCAGGCAGCCGGGCUGAACUCGUUGUUCUGGGCGACGUUCGCUGCCUGCAGGGGGUUGGCCAUCUUCUUUGCGGCCUGCAUGCACCCGGCCACCAUGAUCCUGCUCAGCCUGGUGGGCUCCACUGUAUCCUCCCUGCUUCUCUGCCUCUUCAGCAAGGAGAAGGUGGCCCUGUGGGUUUGCACCGGUCUGUACGGCGCCUCCAUGGCCACCAUCUUCCCCAGCGGCAUCUCCUGGGUGGAGCAGUACACCACGGUGACGGGCCGCACGGCGGCCGCCUUCGUGGUGGGGGCGGCGCUGGGUGAGAUGGUGCUUCCCGCUCUUGUGGGUUUCCUGCUGGGGAAGUUCCACGACCAGCCCCUGCUCAUGUACCUGUCGCUCAUCACCUCCACCUUCACCUCCAUCAUCUUCCCAGUCAUGUACAAGCUGGCCUCGGCCCCCGGCGGCCAGAGCAGGAAGCCCCGCGUCAGGGGCCGGCCCGACGCAGACGACAGCGAAUACCGCCAGGCGCUGCUGGACUCGGGGGCCAACGAGGAGGAAGAAGAGGAGGAGCAAGAGAAGGAGGAGCAGGACCAAGACAAUGAGGCCGAUCAGUGGAACGACGCAGACUUUGAGGUCAUUGAAAUGGAUGACACAGCAAGUCUCAUCAGUUCACCCAGCAAGGCUUCCUCUCCUCCUCCUGGCUCUGGUCUCACAGGGAGCCCUGCUGCCUCCAACACCCAGGUGACGGAGCCCGCAGGUGGAGCCUCUUACUCGGCCACCAUCUCCCCGGUUAGAGACUCCCCCAGACGUAAACUACUGCUCUCUCUGGACCGAGAGAAGAGAGACUGACACCUCCUCCUAUGGCUCCUACAUGCUGUUCAUCUCUCACUAAAAACAAGAGUCUCCAUGUUUGCGCCCAUUCGUUGUCCAGAACCUGAAAAUUCCAACAUUUAUGAACGGUUGAUUUACUGUGUACUGAAUGAAGCACUGACCGAAACCUGUGCAGCAUCCGUGAAAGUUUGGGUCAUCAGCAUCGUUUGAAUCAUGAUGAUGAAGGCUCAGGCUUUAAACUGCACUUCUAUGCUACGGAUUGUUGGAAAUAAAAUACGUCAUUGAUUCCCCACAAGGAUUCUAUGUUGGCCCGCUUCCCUCCACAGUGAAGUCAGUAAGCUAGUGAAUGGGUCCCAGGGCUGGUAGACUUCAGUGCCUUGCUGGAGGACACAUGAGAUGAACCAGGGACCGUCGCACUCAUCUUCCACCCUGCUGCCAAAAACACGUUCUCAAAAUGUAAACUCAUUUUGCAGUGAGCAGGACAUGAGCGUGAUGAUAGUUGUAAGAUUUAAAUUAGUUUUGGUUGCACUUUUGUAAAGAAGAGUUUUGUUUGUGUCAUGUGUGAUGUGUCAUCUCUGUGAUUCAAUAAAAGUUAUUUUUAAAUUGAA